GUAUGUUCGUAUUUCGUAUCCAAACUCCAAACAGAUAUCCAAACAGAUAGGUACGGUACUACMCGUACGAGUACGUACGUACAGUAUUGCCUUCCGACUUACAGUACGGUAGUUCCUAGCCAUGUUUGCACCAAAAUAUGUACGGUACGUCGUACCGGGAAGUUCAUUCUCGUUUACUGUAUCUGCUCUAUCUAUCUGGUACCGUAAAUACUAAAUACACCGUACGAACGGUACGUACCGUACCACAUGUCAUUGUUUCGAUUAAUUUUUUUCUGAAAAAACGGAAAACGAAAAAAUCCGUCGGAACCGGUACCAACGCAACAUGGUUCAUUCCUAUCGUACCACGGGGGAUGGAUAAGCUGAUUGCUGUGUUGGUGGGCAUUGGGCGUUCGAAUUACUAUCGGUCACUUCCACAGCAGCACAUCCAACGCAGUCGAGAUGGACGCCACAGCAKCGCAACCCGUCAUUGACUUGGUUGAAACCAGCAGCAGCAGCAACAAGAAAAAGAACAAGAACAASAACAACAACAACAAGAAUCACUCGUCCGACCAAAACACCGUCGUCAUCGACAGCGAAAGGAAAAAGGACGAACGUGGGCUCGGAGGAAGACCAAGKGAUGCUGCUUCCCUCGGUUCUAUUGCAAAGCGAAGAAGGAAGAGAAAGGAGACGUUUCCUGGAGAUCACGCGUCGGUUCCGAUCCCUCCCGAUGCCGAGGUGGUAGAUCUUUUGGACGACRACGACGACGACRACGAAAUAACAGCGGCAGCGACAGAAGCACCCAACGGUCAGGACGAGAGCUGCAUGCACAACAGCRCCGGAUUCAAUCCWMUCGGWUCGUUUUCUAGACGAGACAGAAAGCGAAAAUUCCCAGGAGCGACGGCCACCAGCGUGACCAAGAACAAACACAGCAACAAACUCCCCGGAAGCGAAGCGGGGGCCGCAAUCGACGUCGAUGCCGACUCCCACUGCCCCCGACCUUCGUUUCAACAACAUCAACAACAACAGGAACAACAACAACGGCCACGAGGUCAAGGAUCGCCCUCGAUUGUCCUCGAUCCCGGCGACAAGGCUCGGAUGACCACCGGGCUCGUCUCUGCCAUCCACAACGCCGCGGCAGCCCUGUCUGGAUCGGCGACGGACACGGAAGCAUCCACGAGCGUGGCUUCCACCACCGACCGCCCCUCGAGAUAUGCCUGGACCUGCCUGUCGUGGGCCACGGCAGGCACCGCAGACACAGACGCGRUCGCAGCCUUUCUCCCGCAGCACAUCCAGCAGCCCGAUUCCUGGUCCUGCGGCUACCGGAACUACCAGAUGAUGCUCUCGGCCCUGCUCCCGCGCCUGCUCCUGCUGCGCACCCGCCGGGCACGGGAGCMSCCAGAGCACCACUUUCUUUUUUCGAAGCUCCCCCUGCGCCUCCCUCCAACUCCCACGGAGCUCCCCACCGUCAAACAGCUCCAGGGGUCMCUCGAGCGAUUCUGGGAAGAGGGCARGGACCCGGAGGGAGCCMKGCACUACCGACACUCCCUGUCCGGAAAAACCGGCAGGGGGGCAAAGAUCGGGGCCCUCGAGGUCGCCCACCUGUGCUGGUACCACGGCAUCGACGCCGCCGUCCUGCAGUUCAUCCGGUGCCCCUGCUCGAGGGGAAUGCUCCCCUACCUGGUCCUGGCCUAUUUUGCGAGGAACCCGCGAACCCUUUCUUGCCACUCCGCCCCGUCGCUGGCCGGGUCCUUGCUCUCGGAAGCGGCCAGGCUUUCGUCGGAGUUUGCCUCGCCGGUACCAGCCCUGCCGGAACGAACGGUGGCCCCGCGGAAACCUUCGGGGGUCCACGGCGAGGGCUUUCACGUUUCGCCCCCCCUGCCGCUCUACCUCCAAUGGGAGGGGCACUCCGUCACCGUGGUUGGCAUCGAGGCCGAUGUCGGUGUCGGUCCCACCCACGACGAGCGGCCGGCCUUUCGCCUGCUGGUGCUGGAUCCAYUGGCACCGAGCGGGGGAGCGCGCAGCGAUCUCCCGUCGUCGGCCUCGCUGCCGUGGGGAAGGAUCCGGCACAGGGACCUCCAGAUCGUCCUGUGCACGGAACGGUCCCUGGCCUAUCCAGAGCGAAGCGCGGUUCCGGAGGGAAGGAUCUUCACCGCGUCGGAGGAGGCGGUCCUGCGAGCGGCCUUGGGCUAGCCGGAAACGAGUCCGGACGAAAACGAAAACGAUUCGAAGCGAAGCGAAGCGUAGCGAAAC